AGACACGCUGCUGUCUCCAAACUGCCUGGGGAGGGAUGUGCUGAAGUGUCAGAAUGAAACUCCAGCUUCUCUUGAUCUUCUUCCUUUGUCUCCUUUCCAAGGUGUAUGCUCAGCUUUGCCAAACUCCAUGCUAUUGCCCUUGGCUCCCUCCCCGUUGCCCUCCUGGCUCCUCCUUAGUUCUGGAUGGCUGUGGCUGUUGCAACGUAUGUGCCCGCAGGCUAGGAGAGCCCUGCAACUACCUUCACGUGUGUGAUCAGAGCCAAGGACUUGUCUGUGAUUACAGCACCGCCCCUAUGGGGAGAGGAGGAAUCUGCAAUUAUGAGGAGGGAGAGGAUGACAGCUGUGAAGUGAAUGGGAAGAUCUAUCGGGAUGGUGAAGUGUUCCAGCCAAGCUGCAAGCUUCAGUGCCGCUGCUCAGGAGGAGGUUUUACAUGUGUUCCCCUUUGCAGUGAGGAUGUUCGCCUCCCCACUCCUGAUUGCCCCCAUCCAAGGCGUGUGGAGAUCCCAGGAAAGUGUUGUCAGGAAUGGAUUUGUGAAAGAGAAGAUAGACAGAUCUUGCAGUUUCCUAUGGCAGCACAAAGGCUUCCUGGGAUGGCGUUGAUAACUUUCCCCUAUCCAUGUAAAGAGUGGAGUACCACGUGGUCUGCCUGCUCUACCACCUGUGGCGUGGGAGUUUCCACACGAGUGUCUAACCAGAAUCUGUACUGCAGGCUUGAAACCCAGAGACGCUUGUGCAUCCUCGGACCUUGCCAAGGUCUAACAGGAAUAGCUAAUGCGAAGAUAUUAGAAGUUGCCCUGAGUGCUCUAUCUCCACAGAGAGGAAGACAAAGCCGCUUGUAAACCAGCCCACUCCAUUCAGCAGUUGAUAUACUGGCCUUAUCCUAGCAGCUGGAUUGUACCAAGCCCAAGCUGCUCUCGUUUCUUUGGUGAUGAGAGUACCGCCCAGAAAAAAGAGAGAAGAAAUGACCAGCCUUAGUUGGGAGGGAGGAAGAAGAUUAAAGAGCAGUGCCUCAUCACAGCUGACAUCUGUCUUCUUCCUUGAUUCCACUGCAAUUACGCUAGACAAUGUUAUCGUUCAGUGAGAAAAACCAGACCAUAUGUUUUCAUACUGUGCAGUACUGGUGUGUUUAUUGCCAGCUUACGGCUACUAUUAUAAAUCCAUCCAUUGGGAAAACGAUGCUUUGCAGCCACAGUGAUUCAAGGAACCAUGCCCUCUUAUUCUGUCUCUGCAUUAUCUCUUCACUGGAGAAUAGUUCUGGGGAGCUGUGGGUGGGGAGGGUGAGGCAGCCACUGUUGUUCAAAGCCGGCUGUUGUUUUUGUUAGAAAUAAAAAGAAUAAAUGCAAUGAUGAACUGUCUGAGGAUGGAUUGACUAGGGUUACUUCAAGGAGCUCCCAGCAAAAUCUAAUGUUUCGAGGCAAGCCCCAAUCACAUGCAACAGAAAAUAGACCUUAGUUGGUAUAUAAGAAACUUAAGAACAUAACUAUAAGAGAGGGAAUCUGUGAUAAAGUUCAAGGUAAUCUUU